GCUCGUGAAGGGGGAUGUGCGGCGCUUCAUCAAGGAGCUGGCGCAGCAGGUGGCACUGAAGCGCGGACAACUCGGGCUGGAGGUUGGCGAUAGUGAGGAGUCUGCCAAAGCUGCACGGAAAAGCUGGAGGCUGAAGGACGGGCUGCAGCUGAUGGACUUGGGGUCAUGCCCCACCUUGCAGCAGCUGGACGCCUUUGUCAAUACUUGUGCCAUCAAGUACGUGCAGGCCUUUCUAAUGCCAGGCGAGGCUGUUGGGGCUGUGGCAGCUCAGUCGAUCGGCGAGCCUGCGACCCAGAUGACCCUGAAGACCUUCCACUUCGCUGGCGUGGCCAGCAUGAAUGUCACCCUCGGGGUGCCCCGAAUCAAGGAGAUCAUCAAUGCAGCCAAGACCAUCUCCACACCCAUCAUCACCUGUACGUUGAGGGACGAGUUCAACGAGGUCAGCGCUCGAAUCGUAAAGGGACGAAUUGAGCGCACCAACCUCGGUGACAUUUGCCUGUACUUCAAGGAGACCUACGACCCUGCAAGCGGGUGCUUCAUCAGCGUAAAGGUGGACUUCAGUACCGUCGAGCGGCUUCAACUCGAGCUCGGCCUACAGGACAUCAAGGUUGCUUUGCUAGACCCCAAGAACCUCAGCGGUAUCCGACUCGCGCCAUCUGACAUCGAGAUCAAGAAG